AUGCCUUCCGAGCAGACUGGCCUGAAUGGCGACGCCGAACCCAACGAGCGAACCAAUCUCCUCUCAAGAUAUGCCUCUACCGACAGCGGUACUCCCUACUACCAGCACCAUAACCCUGCGAUAAAAUACCCUUUCCUGGUCCUACAUACCACCUGGGAGGUCUUGAAGACCAACUACGUCAAUGUCCUCCUUGUCUUUGUGCCCAUCGGCAUCAUUGCCGGUGUGUUGGACUGGAACCCCGUUGCCCAGUUUACCUUGAACUUCGUCGCCAUUGUUCCUCUCGCUUCGCUUCUGGCCUUUGCCACUGAAGAGCUUGCCGUUCCGCUCGGGCAAACCUUGGGAGGAUUGUUGAAUGCGACCUUUGGCAACGCUGUGGAACUCAUUGUGAGCAUCAUCGCGCUUCGCGCCAAUGAAAUCCGCAUCGUCCAGGCCAGCAUGCUGGGGAGCAUUCUGUCCAACAUUCUCCUGGUUCUGGGCUGCUGUUUUUUGGCCGGCGGUCUCAGGUAUCCCGAGCAGUCCUUCAACUCCACUGUGGCAUCGACAAUGUCCUCGCUCAUGACCGUGGCCACCUCGUCUUUGAUUAUCCCUGCAACGCUCUACGCCGUCACGUCUGAGAACAAGUCACAGGAAGCUAAUAUCAUGAUUCUCUCACGGGGUACGGCUAUUAUCCUUUUGCUCAUUUACAUCGCAUACCUUUACUUCCAAUUGAAGUCUCACGCCCAGCUUUUCGACGAUCCCGAGUCCCAGGAGCAUGCAGGUGACGAGCCCGAACUACUAGGUCCCUGGGCCGCUGGUGUCGCACUGGUUGUAGUCACUCUCUUGGUGGCCCUCUGCGCAGAGUAUUUGGUUGACAGCAUCCCUGCGAUUGUGGAGGAAGCACAUAUCAGCAAGACCUUCAUCGGUUUGAUUUUGAUCCCGAUUGUGGGAAAUGCCGCCGAGCAUGUCACUGCCGUGAUUGUGGCCUGGAAGAACAAGAUGGAUUUGGCAAUUGGUGUUGCUAUUGGCUCGAGUCUUCAGAUUGCCUUGUUCGUCACCCCAUUCCUGGUUGUACUUGGUUGGAUCAUGGACAAGCCAAUGAGCCUGCAUUUUGAGACCUUUGAGACCGUGUCUUUCUUCUUGGCAUCUCUCGUUGUCGUUCUCCUGAUUCAAGACGGUAAGUCGAAUUACUUGGAAGGAUUACUCUGCUUGGGCAUGUACAUCAUCAUCGCUCUAGCUUUCUAUGUGUUGCCAGAUGACGCAGAAUCGAAUCUGCACCUUGGUAAGAAGCUGUUCAGCGGAAAUGCCGGAAGUUGA